GGCCGAAUCCUGGUUAGGUUGGCUAGUAAGAUACGCCUUUGUCUCGCCUCUUUAUCAAACCCUCUUCAUUUUAUGGUAGAAAACCUCCAAGCCUCUGUGGUGUCGCAAAAUAAACAGAUGCCGAGGCGCCCUGUUCCUGGAGGCCUUAGUGUCUCCCUGAUUUAAGGAGAAGAGAAAGGUACGAAGGACCGGAACAAUUCCUUCGCGGAACCUUUGAGGUGAGGCCUUGAGGAACCAUUUGAGACGGACCGCGGCGGGCUGAAACCGGACUGAUAGUCAUGGCGGCGGCGGAACCAGAGGCGGACCCGAAGGCCGCCAUCCCUGUGGACCUGCGGCGGGAACGGAGACUGGUGUGUGUGGAGUACCCGGGCGUGGUGCGCAACGAGGCCAAGAUGCUACAGACCCUGGGCGGCGAGGAAAGCGUCUCUCGAAUCUACACUGACCCUACCAAGAGGCUCGAGCUCUACUUCCGGCCCAAGGACCCAUACUGCCACCCUGUGUGCGCUAACCGUUUCAGUACCAGCAGCCUGCUGCUCCGGAUCCAGAGAAGAACGAGGCGUCGGAGAGGUGUCCUGGGAGACGAGGCCCACCCCCAGGUCACAUUCGACUUGGAAAUUAUUGGCAUCAUCUCCACAAUUUACAAAUUCCAGGGAAUGUCUGACUUCCAGUACUUGGCAGUGCACACAGAAGCUGAUGGCAAGCGCGUGUCCAUGUAUGACAGAGUGCUUAUGCGCAAGCCUGAGAAGGAAGAGUUCUUUCAUCAGGAACUGCCACUCUACAUCCCCCCGCCCAUCUUUUCCAGGCUGGACACCCCUGUGGACUAUUUCUAUCGCCCUGAGACACAGCACCGAGAAGGCUAUCACAAUCCCACCAUCUCAGGGGAGAACCUGAUUGGACUGAGUAGAGCCCGGCGCCCCCACAAUGCCAUCUUUGUCAACUUUGAAGACACUGAGGUACCUGAACAGCCUUUGGAGGCUGCAGUCCAGACAUGGAAGAAGGCCUGCACCAACCCCAUAGAUCAGAAGGUGGAGGAAGAGCUGAGGAAGCUCUUUGACAUCCGUCCCGUUUGGUCACGAAAUGCUGUCAAGUCUAACGUCAGUGUCCAUCCCGACAAGCUUAAGAUCUUGCUUCCCUAUAUGGCUUAUUACAUGAUAACAGGCCCAUGGAGAAGCUUGUGGAUUCGAUUUGGCUAUGACCCUCGAAAACACCCAGAUGCCAAGAUUUAUCAAGUCCUUGACUUUCGAAUCCGUUGUGGAAUGAAAUACGGUUAUGGCUCCAGGGACAUGCCUGUCAAAGCGAAACGCAGCACAUACAACUACAGCCUCCCCAUCACUGUCAAGAAGACAUCCAACCAGCCUGUCACCAUGCAUGAUCUGAAGCAGGGCCUGGGCCCGUCAGGAACUGAUGGCCCACGGAAAUUGACCUACAACAAGUACAAGCUCAAGGAUUCGGUCUACAUCUUCCGGGAAGGGGCUCUGCCACCCUAUCGACAGAUGUUCUACCAGCUGUGUGAUUUGAAUGUGGAGGAGUUGCAGAAAAUUGUUCACCGCAAUGAUGGGACAGAGACUGUGUGCACAGAGAGAGAUGGGUGGUGCCUCCCCAAGACCACAGAUCACCUGAGGGACACGAUGUCACUCAUGAUUCUACAGACCAUCCGCUCUGAGAGGCCUGGUAAGGCUGAUCGUGGGAAGGAGCAGCUGAUGUUUGAAUCUGGAGAGGAGGAAGAGGAAGAGGAGGAGGAGGAGGAGGAGGAAGAGGAUUUCAAGCCUUCAGAUGGGAGUGAGAAUGAGAUGGAGACAGAGAUUCUGGAUUAUGUGUGAGGAAUCACUGCUCCCAGGCGACCAGGACAUGCUGGUAUGCCAUGAUGGGACAGCUGGGACAGGCCUGUGCCCCCAUCCAGGGCGGUGAGAUGAGAACACUGGGCAACCCCAGGCCAUGCUCAGCCUGACUUCACCAAAUGGACUCUUCUGUUCCCUGAAAACACCCUGUCUCACAGCUCCCUUUUGUGCAGAGACCAUCAAGUCCCUGCCAAGCAGGCCUCCAUGGAAGGUCUCCAGGGUAGCAGCACCACUUCCUGAAGGGUGCUGAGCCAGAGAUGUGUGGCCUCUACCUUGAACAGCCUGGCACACACAGGCAAGUCACAGCACUUCCAAAGCCAAAUGCCUUGAGCCAGUCCAUCCUCCUGACAAGAUUGAAGACCCAUUGUUUGAUUUGGCCCAAGUGGGCACUCCUGGGAACUUCCCAGCCUUGCAGGGAAUCAGCCAGCCAGACCCUGUGUCCCCUGCUGACCCUGCUUCCUGCUGCUUCAAAGAAUGCUCAGUCCAGAGGCAGGAAGUAGUUCUUCCCCAAAGGCUAGCCACCCUUUCCUGUCCCUAUAGGACUUCUUUCAUAGUGGCUGCCCAUCGUGGUCCUUGGGGAGGAGACCUGGGUUCUGAUCCCAUCUACCCAGGAAUGCUGUGACUCCGGGUCUGAGGAGGGGCCCCAUGCCCUCCGGAGCAUGCCUCACCUACACAGAGCCCAGGCAAUGGCCGUCCUGCCUUAGGCUGGACAGACUAGAAGGACUUCCUGAAGUCUAGCCACACUUGGCAAAGUAUUGUAAUUCUCCUGAAUUCCCAGGUAAAUAAAAGUGCUUUUAGUACAAAAAAUAUAAAACCCUCUCAGAAGUCAGCGC